GGUCAGAGACUGCGGACACAGUACAGGAGACGGUCAGAGACUGCAGACAUAGUACAGGAGACGGUCAGAGACUGCAGACAUAGUACAGGAGACGGUCAGAGACUGCAGACACAGUACAGGAGACGGUCAGAGACUGCAGACAUAGUACAGGAGACGGUCAGAGACUGCAGACAUAGUACAGGAGACGGUCAGAGACUGCAGACAUACUACAGGAGAUGGUCAGAGACUGCAGACACAGUACAGGAGACGGUCAGAGACUGCAGACACAGUACAGGAGACGGUCAGAGACUGCAGACAUAGUACAGGAGACGGUCAGAGACUGCAGACAAGGUACAGGAGACGGUCAGAGACUGCAGACACAGUACAGGAGACGGUCAG